AUGUUGACAGAGGAAGAUCAAAUGAGUAUGAAGUAUAGCUUUAUUGUCGGCGCCGCAAACUGGAGUCUACUAGCGGGAUACCUUGUCAUUCCCGGAACUUUCACAUCGUUGCAGAAAUCGGUUCGAGUCGAAGAGGCUUUGAAAGAAAAUGAAACUGGCCGUUCCGUGCUACGAACUCUGCAGAAUCCACCUUUACUUGCUAUCGCUUGUUUCUUUCUCGCCGCUGGUUUUACUGCUUUAGCAUGGCUACUUCGUUUCCAAAAGCUUCGGCGAAAUUAUACCUGGUUAAUUCACAAGCUAUUUACACCGAUUUCUUUGAAUGCAGCUGCUGGCUUGCUGACUACACUUAUAAAUGUCUACACGUCUCGUGGUGGCGGUUGGUCCGUCAUGGCUAUCGUGACCACCGUUGUGACCGGUUUCAUUUUUGUGACUUCAUCCUCCCUGCUCAUCAUAUAUAAAUUUUGCAUAUUGCCAGAAAUUAUCCGCAAGGACAAUAUGCAGGAGGCUCAAAUUCCUGUGAACCCUAAGAAUAAUCCGUGA